GGACCAGACCCAGAACCCUCCACAAACCAUCAUGGUUGAAACUAGACGCAGCUCCUCUUCUUCCAAGCGCUCUCUUUCUUCGCCUUCUUCUUCCACCGCCAAACGAUCCAAGGUGUCCGAGGAUGCCACAUCCUCAACCCAGCCCUCGGCGGGAAUUAUCGCUCCGGUCAACGAAUCUGGAACCGGGAAUGAAUCUGGGGAACCGGAGAUACGGCCCUCUGAUCUGCCGGAAACGGCGUCGUUGAAGGCUGUGGAUGUUUGUGAUGCGAUGUUACCAGACAAGGAACCUUCUGUGCCCGUCGAAGGCGAGGAUUUGGUGUCCCCUCAGUAUAUAGGUAAAACUGCGGAGAAAUCAACGGUGGCCGUUGCCGGGGCAGCACAGGGUCGGUCGAAGAAACGCCCUACAAAAUCGAGCCCUAAGACUGCGUGGGGGAAGCUCCUCUCUCAGUGGUCUCAGAAUCCUCACCUGUCCAUGUAUGAUCCUAUCUACACUGUUGGUCAAGGCCGUCAGUGUAAUUUAUGGCUUAAAGACCCCACUGUCGGUAACAUUUUAUGCAAGUUGAGCCGCAUAGAGCGUGGAGAUUCGUCUGUUGCAUUACUGGAAACCACAGGGGGUAAAGGUGCUGUUCAAGUCAAUGGCAAGACUUAUCGAAAGAAUGCCAGUCAAAUAUUAAGCGGAGGUGAUGAGGUGGUCUUUGGUUCAUCGGGCAAGCAUGCUUAUAUCUUUCAGCAGCUUACAAAUGAUAAUAUUGCUACUGCUGGUAUAACUUCUCCUGUGAGUAUUUUAGAAGCCCAGAGUACUCCAAUAAAUGGAAUGCAAGUUGAGGCUAGAUCUGGAGACCCUUCAGCUGUCGCAGGAGCAUCAAUAUUGGCCUCUUUAUCUAAUCUUCAUAAAGAUUUAUCUCUCAUUACACCUGCUAAAACUAGCAAGAAUGUGCAACAGAACACUGAUGUUUCAUCACAACCUUCUGGCCACGGGGAUGAUAUUCCAGACAUUGAAGUGAAGGAUACCAUCAAUAAUGAUGAACCAGCUGGAGUUUUUUCUGCUGAUAAAGCUGUUCUUGCAUCCUCUACCACUGUUAAUGAAAAUCCUAGCCUUGACAACUUGGAUGUUGAUUCCAAUGUGAAAGAAGAUGUUGGGAAGAUGACUGCAACCUUACAAUUGAGGCCAUUAUUGCGCAUGCUUUCUGGGUCGCGUCAGGAAUUUGAUUUAAGGUCUACCAUUUCCAAGAUAUUGGAAGAGCGAAGGGAAUUAAAAGAACUCCUUAAAGAUAUUGAUACCCCAACAAUAUUGGCUUCGACUAGACGGCAAGCAUUUAAGGACAGUUUACAACAGAGAAUUCUCAAUGCUGAGAAUAUUGAUGUUUCAUUUGAAAGCUUCCCAUAUUAUCUAAGUGAUACGACAAAGAAUGUUUUGAUUGCUUCUACAUAUAUUCAUUUGAAGUGCAAUGGCUUCGGAAAAUAUGCUUCAGACCUCCCCUCAGUGUCCCCGCGGAUAUUGUUAUCUGGUCCUGCAGGUUCUGAAAUAUAUCAGGAAACAUUGUCCAAGGCACUUGCGAAGCAUUUUGGUGCCAGGCUACUGAUUGUGGAUUCUCUUUCACUGCCUGGUGGAACACCAUUAAAGGAAGUUGAUUCUGCUAAAGAAAGUUCAAGGCCUGAAAAAUCAUCUGUGUUUGCUAAGAGAAGUACCCAGGCUGCCACAUUACAGCAUAAGAAACCACUUUCUAGUGUUGAUGCUGAAAUUAUGGGUGGAUCCACAUUAAGUUCUCAUGCUAUGCUGAAGCAAGAGGUUUCUACUGCAUCAUCAAAAGUCACAACUCUUAAAACAGGUGAUCGAGUAAGAUUUGUUGGUAACUUUCCUUAUGCUGUAUCAUCACUACAAAAUUAUCCUUCAAGGGGACCAAGCUAUGGCUCCAGGGGCAAAGUUCUCCUUGCUUUUGAAGAUAAUGGGUCUUCAAAAAUUGGCGUUAGGUUUGAUAAAUCAAUUCCAGAUGGCAAUGAUCUUGGAGGCCUUUGCGAAGACGAUCACGGGUUCUUUUGUUCUGCAAAUCAUUUACUACGGGUAGAUGGUUCUGGAGGGGAUGACAUUGACAGAGUUGCAAUUAAUGAAAUCUUUGAGGUUGCCUCAAAUCAGAGUAAAAGUGGAGCACUGGUCUUGUUCAUUAAAGAUAUAGAAAAGGCAAUGGUUGGGAACUCUGAAGUUUUGAAAAGUAAAUUUGAAAGCUUGCCGAAGAAUGUUGUGGUAAUUGGCUCACAUACCCAGCUCGACAAUCGUAAGGAGAAGACCCAACCUGGCGGCCUUCUGUUUACGAAGUUUGGGAGUAAUCAGACAGCACUUCUUGAUCUUGCUUUUCCGGAUAACUUUAGUAGACUGCAUGAUAGGAGCAAAGAAACCCCCAAAAUAAUGAAGCAACUUGGUCGCCUUUUCCCUAACAGAGUAACAAUACAGCUGCCUCAGGAUGAGGCUUUACUUUCUGAUUGGAAGCAGCAGUUAGAACGUGACGUUGAAACCAUGAAAGCUCAGUCCAAUGUUGUUAGCAUUCGCUUUGUUCUCAACAGAAUUGGACUGGAUUGCCCUGACCUUGAGACACUCUGCAUCAAAGAUCAAACCCUAACAACUGAAAGUGUGGAGAAGAUCAUUGGCUGGGCUAUAAGUUACCAUUUUAUGCAUUCAUCUGAAGCUUCUAUAAAAGAAUCUAAGCUUGUGAUAGCUGCAGAAAGCAUUAAGUAUGGGCUUGACAUUCUACAGGGUAUUCAAAAUGAGAACAAGAGCUUAAAAAAAUCACUGAAGGAUGUGGUUACUGAGAAUGAAUUUGAGAAAAAAUUGCUUGCUGAUGUUAUUCCACCAACCGAUGUUGGGGUCACGUUUGAUGAUAUUGGAGCUUUAGAAAACGUGAAGGACACCUUGAAGGAAUUGGUCAUGCUUCCUCUUCAGAGGCCUGAAUUGUUUUGCAAAGGACAGCUGACUAAGCCUUGUAAGGGAAUAUUGCUUUUUGGGCCCCCUGGCACGGGAAAAACAAUGCUUGCAAAGGCUGUAGCAACUGAAGCUGGAGCAAAUUUCAUUAACAUUUCCAUGUCCAGUAUUACUUCAAAGUGGUUUGGCGAAGGAGAAAAAUAUGUCAAAGCAGUUUUUUCUCUGGCCAGCAAAAUUGCUCCAAGUGUUAUUUUUGUUGAUGAGGUUGAUAGUAUGUUAGGGAGACGUGAAAAUCCUGGUGAGCAUGAGGCUAUGCGUAAAAUGAAGAACGAAUUUAUGGUUAAUUGGGAUGGUUUGCGGACCAAAGAUAAAGAGCGUGUACUGGUUCUUGCUGCUACAAACAGGCCUUUUGAUCUUGAUGAGGCUGUUAUUAGGAGGCUUCCUCGAAGAUUGAUGGUUAAUUUGCCAGAUGCUCCAAACAGAGAAAAAAUUCUGAGAGUCAUUUUAGGGAAAGAAGAUUUGGCACCUGAUGUUGAUUUGGAAGCAGUAGCAAAUAUGACUGAUGGAUAUUCAGGGAGUGACCUAAAGAAUCUGUGUGUCACAGCAGCUCACUGUCCAAUAAGAGAGAUCUUGGAAAAGGAAAAGGAGGAGAGAAGCUUAGCAUUGGCCGAGAGCAAACCUUUACCUGGAUUGUGUAGCAGUGCUGACAUUCGUCCCUUAAAGAUGGAGGAUUUUAGAUAUGCACAUGAGCAGGUGUGUGCAAGCGUGUCAUCAGAAUCAACAAAUAUGAAUGAGCUACUCCAAUGGAAUGACCUUUAUGGAGAAGGUGGAUCCAGAAAAAUGAGAUCUUUGAGCUAUUUCAUGUAAAGCUCUCUUGUUGCAUUUCUUGCCUAGGCUAUUCUUCCAUCACCAAAAUGGUGUAACAAGGUCAGCGACCAGUUAAUAUGGAAAUUCCAUCAUUAAUCCUGCCUUUAUUGUAUUAUAUCAUAGGUUUUCCUUUUUUUCCUUCCUCCAACCUUCACCAUCCUCUGUUCUACCUCCAAAUUUUUCCGUAAUAGAAUUUAUUGACAAUUUCACCGGAGAUAAAGCUUAAUUUUUAGGUCACCUUCUCAUCCAACUCUUUCCCUCUUUCUUUAUUCUUCCCCCUUGGCUUUUUGGGGUGCCCUCUUCUGAGCUUUCUGCUUGUAAAUACCCAGUUUUUUUCUUUCAAUAAAAUUAAAUUAUUAUCUUUUUUUUUUUUUUGCUAAUUUCAUAUAUGCGUUGUAUUUUUCAUUUGCUGUGCAACACCUUCCUUCCCCCCCAAAAAAAAAAUAAAAAAAUAAAAGAAUGGAAUUGCAUGUUAUUUGUAUUGCCAAAUGGAUAAUUAGACGCUGUAAUUUUUGUUGGUGGAAUGUUGGUGUACCUUAAGCAAAUCCGUCAUGGAAAGUGAAUAUGCUACUGUUUAUCAAUUUGAUUUAAAACUAUCCGCGUUACUAUUUUACUAGCGUGUAUUGUAAAUGGACCUGUGGCACAUGUUAUAUUGUCUGGAGAUUGAGUUUAUGGGCGA